AUGCAACUAAUGAAGUUAUACUCUGAAUUGGGAAGAAUUUAUUAUAUGACGAAACAUUUUGAUAGUGCAUUGGAAAAUUAUACAAAAUCACUUCAAUUAAGAUUGAGAAUUUUACCAGUUGACGAUUUGAAAUUUAUAGAAAUCUACGAGAAUCUUGAUGAUCUCUAUUAUCAAAAACAGAAUUCGAAUAAUCGAAUGAACAUUUCAAUUGAUGAUCGUCUGCACAGUGAACGCUUUACUUCAUUGACAUAUUAUACGAUUGGACAUGUUUUCAAUCAAAUGAAUAAUUAUAAAAAAGCAUUGUUUUAUUAUGAAAAUGCUCACCGUAUUGAAUUACAAAUGUCAACACCGAAUCCUUUAGAUAUUGACGAGUAUAAAGAGAUUAAUACAUCAAAUUUUUCAAUAAUUAUUCGUAAAUUAUUUAAUGAUAAUAUUAUUCGUCGUUGUGGUUUAUUUGGUCAUAGAUUUUGUCGUACAUCUAUGGAAUUAUAUAUUGAACGUUUCUUAACAUUUUUUUCUGAAACACAAUCUCAAAUCAAUGUUGAAGUUAGGGAUGUUAUGGUAGCAUUAAGUUAA